AUGGGCGGCAAGAUUGCGGACGUGCUUGUUCAGCAAGAGCUGCAGUGUAAAGUAAAGGCCGGUGAUACGGCCAUUUUGAACGUCACAGCCAUGGUACUGGGCGAUGUUGGGAUGGGGUUGUUUUCUGAGAAGUUCGCAGAUCCGACCUUCGUGGAGUACCUGGCUUUGAACUUGCCAGACAAGAAAUACAAAAUGGAGCAAAAUGGAGUACGAUAUCUCGAAAGUUUACUACAAUCCUAUAGUCCAGAAAAGGCUGCUGAGAUGCUAUCCCUGUGGGAGGAACAUGAAGAAGGUAAAACACCAGAAGCCCAAUGGGUACGAGAGAUGGACAAGUUCGAGUGCCUUUUGCAGGCACAUGAAUAUGAACAGCGGACUUAUGGCGAAAAAAAUCUCGACGAGUUCCAGGGCCAAGUGGCCAAAAUUCAUUCUCGGGAAGGAAAAAGACUUCAAUCGGGUUUACAAAUCACGUAUACCAUGCACGUCCACGUCGGCACGAUCAUCCUAUCUUCCAAGCAGAGCCUCAACAUCACCGUUGAGAAGCGGUAUUAA